AUGACUGGUGGCGUCCCCAGCGCGGGCUCGGGCCGACGCGUCACCUCGGCGCGGCCGAAGCCGACGGGCCGCCACCUGGCGGCGUCCGGCCGGGUGCAGUGCGGCUCCCGUCAGGCCAUCACCAGCGCCACCUGUCAGCCGCUGCACGUGCAGACGGUGCAGACGGUGCAGACGCCCGGCCACGGUCACAUGUCACUGCUCGAGCAGAAGAAGGUGCAGUGGACGCAUGAGAGAGCCGACGGCCGCGGCCUGUCCGGCCUCUGGCGCAGUACGGACAGCGGGAAGCUGCGCCAGCGCCAUGUCCGGCCCGGCCAGCCGGCGCUGCCGCUACACCUGGCCUCCGCCUCGUCGUCCACCGCCGCCGCCGCCGCGUCGGCCGGGCCGGUCAAGUCUGUCCGGUUUGGACGGGAGCAGGGCCAGCUGCGGCCGCCGCCGGCGCAGGUGCUGCGGAUGGAGCCGAGUCCAUCGCCCGUGCCCAUCGCGCCGCCGCCCUCCCGGGACAGCGCCAUGACCUGGAGGCGACAGCAGCAUGCCCGCCAGGUGGCUCAGCUGACCCGGGAGUCGGAGCUACGCCGACGAGCGCAGACAGCCGACAGGAUGAAGUGGGGCGACAGGGGAGUGGGCAUCACCAGGCUCUGGGACCCCACCGCCGCCAGCGCCCACCUGCCUGACGUCUGCGCCGGCAAACAGUUCGACGCGCCGCGCUGGGUGGAGCGGGCCAGCGAGGGCAGCACAGUCGAGGUGGACGACCGCUCGCCGAGCGCCGGCGCCGGCUCUAAUCCCACCUCGCCCGGACGCAUCGGCAACCCCCUGUUCCAGCUGCCGGUGCCGCGGAGGCUGCAGGCCAGACGGGUGGCGCCGUCUCACUCCGGCUCGGCGGUGCCAGCAGUACCGGCCAAGACCCCUCCCGCCGCCCAGCUCAACGACACGGACCGACGCCGCCAGAUCGCGCUGCAGAACCUCAGAGACAACCAGAAGCAGACGGCGGAGAAGGAGAGGCGCCAGAAAGAGGAGCGCGAGCGGGUGGCGCGCGAGGAGGCCGCGCUCGACGAGCACAUCCGACGCGAGAGCGAGCGCGAGCGCGGAGGAAACCGCGUGCUCACUCCGACCAAGUACCGCUGGGAGAGGGGCGCCACCGGCGUCGGCUGCGAGUUCGGCACGCAGACGGAGCCCGGCCGCCAGGAGGCGCCGGCAGAACUGGUGGAGAGGAGACACGUCAAUGUCGGCACGGACGGGCCACCCGAGCGGCGCCGCACCAGCCGGCAGCGCACCAAAACACGCGGCCGGCCGGUCAAGCUGGAGGAGCGGCCCCGCUGGAACGCGCCGCAGCCGGAGAAGGUGUACCUGAAGCAGUCGGAGAAGGACCUGCUGGUGGCCCGCGGUCCACGACGGCGGCGCGAGAGCCAGCUGCACCGCGACGCCGAGUCCGGCUCUGACUCGGACACACUGCAGGACUGGCCGACAGGGUCGCGCAACGGCCGAAGACGCCACCGGCACUCCGACAUUAGCAGGAGCAGCCUGACACUCUCGGACAGGCAGCGGAGCCGCGCGCCACCGCGCUACCGCAGCCACUCGCCGCUGAAGUCGCGCGUCUCCGCCUACUACGCCGCCUCCUCCGACGGCAAGCUCUCGUCGUCGUCGUCGUCGCGGCAGCCGGGUCGCUCGCUGGGCGCGUCGGUACCACUCGUCACGGCCAGUGAUGUGCUCUACCUGCCCGAGUUCGGCAACGUGGCGCUAGUGCCACUCAGCCAGCCCCACCUGGCCUACCUGCGGCACGCGCAGAGCCUGCCGCUUCUGGCCGCCGCCGCCGCCGGCGUCGACAUUCCCGUCUACCCGCCCGUCAGCACGGAGAAGGCGCUAAUGGACAUCGGCUCGCGAGUCGUCAGCGCCAGCAGCCGCGACGCGGCCGACUCGCGAAACACUGACCGCGCCGAGGCGCCGGCAGGUAGCAGCAGUGUCGAUGGCGCGCCGCGGCGCUCACGACGCGACAACGGCACGGACAAGGAGGACGAGGAGCCACCACUGCUGUACCGCGAGCCGGCGGCCGGCAGCGAGCAGGAGCCGGCGCAGGAGGAGACGGGCUCCGAGCAGUCGUCCGGCUCCGGCGAGCGCUCCGAGCAGCAGGAGACCGCUGGCACCGGCAAAGACAGCCAGGCGCUCCGCACUAGUCCCCUGGCCGAUGCCGAGUGACUCCGGACGGCCGCGCCUCUGGCCUGUUUCAGAUUCGGACCAAUCAGAGGAAUCGCAACUGGUGAGCGAGGCAUCUAGCGACGCUGUCAGUAAACACAGCUUGCAAACAGCGUCCACCAGGGAUGUCAGCAAGUCCGCGAACAAGGAUGGGGUGCUGAAACAACUGUCGAAAUUAAAAAGGGUGCGUGCUAUAAAUCGUUCGUAUGCGUUCACCUGCAUUGUGCGUAGUGUAUUUUAGUUCAAGAAGUAGCAGUAGCGC